GCCAGGACCAACUGUGUUGGCACAGGACAGCUCGCGCAUCAACAUGGCGAUGCUCUUUGCGCUUGCACUGGUGGCGCUUCUUGGCGGGGCGAUAGCGGCCUCAGAGGAUGAUGUCGCUUCCGGCGUCUGCUCAGGUUCUUGCCACCUGCACCCCAAGUUGCGAGAACGGAUCCAGAAGGACGUGGCAUGGCUUGACGACAUUGGCGGCAUCACGGACGCCAUGAUUCGAAACAUAUCGCUGGUGUGCGACGUGAACAUCCGGCACCAGUGCAACGUCCAGGCCACACGGAUGAUGAUAAAGGACGGGGAGAUUUACCUAAACAGCUUGCACCCGGAGUGGCGGCUGGGGCCACACGAAUUUAUCGGCUUUUUGUUGGAGCUCUAUGAGGCCAGCAAAAUAAGCAAGCUGCCGGACUUGGAAUUCGCGUGGAAUGGAAACGACGACGCGGCUGACCCCGCGUUCACGUGGACCAACCGGGCCAAGUUGGAGGCCAGGUUCCAUGGAGGGCCGUUCCCCAUCCUGGCCUGGAGCAAAAGCGAGCGCAGCUUCGCCUCCCUGGUGCCGUACAGCGGGGCUUUCAGGUGCUCGGAGGACUCGUUUGACAACAUGCUGCAUCGACUGGAGGAGCUCAAGCGCGUGCCCUGGCACGAGCGGAAAAAGGUUGCGUUCGGACGAUGGAACAUGUUCUGCGCGACGUACACGUACGGCCAGGAAGCGCUGCCCUCGGGAGAGCUAUACACCUGCCCGCGCGCCUACCUGCCUUCCCAGAACGUCAAACUACCCGAGCACAUGGACAUCCUACCGCUGGGUGCCGCAAACGGCGGGCCGGCGCGCGGCACACCAGUGCCCCUGUUCCAUCAGAAUGCCUACAGGUACCUUGUGUCCACGGACGGCUGGGCCGUUAGCUCCAAGUUUGACAAGUACCUCCUGCUGGGCAGUCUGGUCAUCAAGGCCGCCUCCAGCCGCAAGGGCUACUACUACGAUGCCCUGGCCCCCGAUGUGCACUUCCUGCCCUGCAUGAACCAGAGCCUGGGCGACAUCGUGGAGCGUGUGAAGUGGGCACUGGAGCAUGACGCUGAGGCUCAGAAGAUUGCGGAGGCGGCCCAGACGUUCGCGGUGAAGCACCUGCACCGGGGCGCGCGGCUGUGCUACUACCGCACACUGAUUGAAGAAAUGGGCAAGCGGAUGAAGUUCACGCCCGACUGCGCCAACCGCAAGCUGUGCAUCCCACUGGGCCGCUUCCUGGAAUUCCUUGCCGGCACCCCCCGAUACGCGCAUUCCUGCAGGCUUCAGGAGGUGCUCAUCCGGUACGGCGUUGACCGGUCAAUGCCGCAGUAUAACGCCAGUAGUGACGCGGAUAUAACCGAGUUGCUCAAGGACCCGAAGCACUGGCCGCGGGAUACGGACAUCCCGUCCCUGAGGCAUGAGCCGUACUUCCCCGGACGCGCCAGGCGCGCUCGGCAGCAGCGCCACCGGCAGUAGGCACCGGCAGGCGCACUGCCUGGCAUACUAGUUGAGCCUUGGCAGCCCUCGAUGGUCUCUCUGUGCUUGCAAAGUCAGAUUGUCCCCUCUACUCGCUAGGAAUGAUGGCGAUCGUAAAAUGCAGGGAGGCCGGACGCACUUGGAUCAUUGAAUGGAUGGUGUGUGUGUGAGAGAGAGGAAUUUGUAUUGUGUAGGCUUGCACGUGUGGCUUCGGUGUGUGAGCCGGGAGAAUAUUGCGGUUCUGGGACCUGGGGUGCAGCCAUUCGGAUGCGGCCGAUGGGGGUUCACGAAACGGAAGAGUUUGAAGACGCGCAUGCAAGGUUGCAAGGCAAGGGAACUGGAAGGGACGGGAGGCGGACUUCUCGCGAAAGAUGGCUUGAUGCCGUUGAUGGACCAGGCGAUGACUGCGUGGGGUGGCAGGUUGGCAAAUGUUGCGCAUGGCUGUCCCCAGACAAAUAGACCCGUGCCCCGACCCGUGCCCCCUUGCAGCCUUGCUGGCCCUUUGCUCCACGCGUGUUAAUACUAUGCGAG